AUGUAUGCAGUGGCAACCCACCCAUUCUCCGCUUCGAACUUCGUGGCGAAGAACAUCUCGGGAAGACCCGGCGAGGUGGCUUUUCGGAGCACAUCGGUGGGGGGGAACGGAGGCACUGUGAUCGUCAUUCCGACAUCUCGAUACGAGGCUGCACUCGACUUGUACAGCAGGCGCCACGAGUUCCCGGCGACCACCGACGGCGUCGAAGAUCCCCCCGUCCCAGGGGUCGUUCGCGGCGGCAAGAAAGGCGUCCCACAGUUCAUGCGCACUGAUAAAUCCACUGCCGUCAAGGCUCUCAUGCAGGCCAAGGAGCCGUACGGCAGUCCGGCACACAAGUUCAUCUUCCUCGCGUCCGCGCUUGAGAAAGAGUCGCCCGCCGUGCAGGAGAAGAUGGUGGACCGGCUCCCCGAAGCUCGCGACCCGCAGUUCUCCCACCUCUUCGUCGACGACAGCAACAAGCCGUCGCCUUUGUGGGUGGUGGAUAUGGUGCACGACACCGGUGGCGGGGAGGACACCGACUACAGCGGGAGGUUGUCCGACGCGAAGACGCGGGCUUACCACGACGGACGUGUUUUCGGUGGGGCACAGUCGGCGGGUUCUGGUAGGCGGGGUGCGACACGGAUUGUCGAGGUCGGUUUAGCGGAAGACGAGCGCGUGAGGACCGAGGCGGCCGACACCACCCACGUCGAGUCCACGAUGGCUCUCCCGCUGUGGGACGUGGUGGCCAUCAUGGGCCGCAAGGACACGCUGUUCAAGCAGGGUCUGUGGCUCUUCGGAAACGCCAUCGGAAUCGCGAAGGUUGGAAGCAAGGUGUCUCUCGUCGAGACAACCCCGAAGAAGUCGCGCAGCGGAGUGUUUUUUACCGUCAUGAUCAACAACCGGGACUACUGCGGGACUGGUCCGUUCUUUUUGACGUUUCUGGUCGGGUGCUCAUUUUCCGGCUAUAAGAACUUAGCGAAACAUGACAAGAAGGCCGCGGGACUGGAGGUUGGGCGCUCGGGCGACUUUUCCACCCCGGCAUCAAAGGGCCGCGCCCACUACUCCGGCGAACAGAAGGGCAGGGAGAAGAGCACGAAGGAGCUCAAGGCCGAAGGUGGUGAGGGUUGUGUAUGA